GCCGAUUUUCCAAACCCUGAAGAGCUGUUGUCGGCCAUUUUUGCCCCUGCAAUUCUUCUUGUUCCCUUCUUUUACCCUUCUCGUUGCAGGCUAUGAAUCAAAGAAUGGUGCAUUGGUCGUUCUGUAAUAAUACAUGGUUGUUAAGAUUCUUGCUACAUGUUCCACUGUUCAGUUUGCUGUAAAGAUGGGGAACUGAAUCGAAAGUUUUGAUUUGCACCGUGUUUCAUGUCGACAGGUCUUCUCUGUAGCGGCUAAUCUAUAGUUUUAUGUUAUAAUGGCGAACAAUGAUUUGAAAAUGGGGCAAAAUGAUGAUUUGUCUUUGAGGCAGAAUCAGAGUACGGGGUCGGGGCAGAAUCACAAUCUGGUAGCAGCUCCUGGCGAAAAUUUUUCAUAUUUGGAGAUGUGUGAUGCCAAGUUGGAUAUGAGCCUUGACAAACUGGAUAAUGACCUGGGUUUAGAAGACACCAAGAGUCGGAGAGAGGCUUUCAGUGAGGCUCAAGAACAUGAUCUUGCUCUCGAAGACAAUAACCUUCUAAAUUUUGCAGAGAAUAAAUUAUGUAUGGAUGGAAACAACAAUCUUUCUGUUGAUCAAGACAAUGCUGGUAUUGGAUUUCGUGGUGAUGAAUUGGUUGUCACAUUUCAAAAUCAUGGGUUUGGUACUUCAGAGAGUCGUGAAUUAGCUAUCAUGGGGACCCAAGAUUUUGAUGAUGAAUUAGAUUGGGUUCCUGCUGAAAAUCAAGAUAUGCAAAUUGUACCGGUCUCAAAUAUGAGUGUUGGUCAGCCCCAACCAGCUGUAAGUCCUCCAGUCUCUCAGUCUAUGGCUCUAGUUACAGUUCCUGACCAUGAACUGAAAGUUGGGCAAGAGUUUCCCGAUGCCAGGAGCUGUCGCAGAGCGCUGAGAGCUGCCGCAAUUGCCCUACGCUUUGAGAUGCAGACAGUUAAGUCUGACAAGACUCGUUUCACUGCCAAAUGUGCAAGUGAGGGAUGCCCUUGGCGAAUCCAUGCUGCAAAGCUUUCAAAUUCUCCUACCUUCACUAUCAGGACCAUUCAUGAUGCACAUACUUGUGAUGGAAUUAACCAUCUUGGUCAUCAACAAGCCUCAGUCCAGUGGGUUUCAGAUACCAUGGGGCAACACCUUAAAGAAAACCCCUUCUGCAAACCCAAGGAGAUACUCGAAGAGAUUCACCGAAUUCAUGGAAUCACUUUGACAUACAAACAAGCUUGGAGGGGAAGAGAGCGUUAUGUGGCUAGUAUCCGUGGGUCAUUUGAGGAGGAAUAUCGCCUUCUUCCACUGUAUUGUGACCAGAUCAGAAGCACAAACCCAGGAAGCAUAGCAGUUGUUUACGGGAACCCCAUAGACAACUCUUUUGAACGCUUGUUUAUCGCUUUUCAAGCAUCUAUAUACGGGUUUUUGAAUGCUUGCCCUCCUCUUAUUGGACUUGAUCGAUAUUCUCUUAAGAGCAAGUACUUAGGGACCUUGCUUCUUGCCGGUGCUUUUGAUGGAGAUGGGGAUUUGUUUCCUUUGGCAUUUGGGGUUGUUAAUGAGGAAAAUGAUGAUAACUGGAUGUGGUUCCUUUCAGAGCUGCGAAACCUGCUAGAGAGUAACACCGGCAACAUGCCAAAGCUUACAAUAAUCUCUAGUAGACAGAAGGGUAUUCUAGAUGCAGUAGAGGCAAACUUCCCAACCGCGUUCCACGGUUAUUGCAUGUUGCAUCUCAUUGAAUGUUUCCGAAAGGAUUUCAAUAGUUCCAUGCUUGUCAACAUGUUUUGGGAGGCUGCGUAUGCUCUGACUGCCAAUGAGUUUGAACAAAAGAUGUCUCUGAUUCAGGAUAUGUCGAGUGAAGCAGCAUCCUGGAUUAGAAAAUUUCCGCAAGAGCAGUGGGCUACAGCACAUUUUGAGGGAAGAAGAUUUGGGCAUUUGACAACCAAUGUAGUGGAAUCAUUGAGUACUUGGUUACAAGAAGCAUCUGGCCUUCCAAUAGUUCAAAUGAUUGAGUCUAUGCGCCGGCAACUGAUGAUUUGCUUCAAUGAGCGUCGUGAAAAAAGCGUCGAGUGGGAAAGUGUACUCGUUCCAUAUGCGGAAAAGCAGGUGUGUGAUGCUAUUGAGAAAGCUCCUACUUGUCAAGUGAUCAGAGCUACUAACUCUGAGUUUGAAGUACUUAGUUCUGAAGGGUCAUUUAUCGUUGACGUCCAUGCACGUCGCUGCACAUGUUUCGGGUGGCAGCUGAAUGGACUGCCUUGUUCUCAUGCUGUGGCAGCUCUCCUCUGCUGUAGGCAGAAUGUUGUUCGAUUUGCUGAAAGUUUUUUCACUGUCGGAACUUAUCGCAAGGCAUAUUCGCAAACAAUACAUCCAGUUCCGGAUAGAUCACUUUGGCAAGGAAUGUUGGAGGGAUUUCAGAACAACAAGGAACAAGGGGGACUGAUAAUAAAUCCACCCAAGGGCCUCCGGCCACCGGGACAACCAAAGAAAAGGCGAGUUCGUAAAGAAGAUAGUAGUAACCCAAAGAGGAUCGUGCAUUGCAGUCGCUGCAACCAGACCGGGCAUUUCAGAACAACUUGUUCAGCCCCUAUGUAAACAUACCAGUAAUCAUGCCCAUUAUACUGCAUUAUGCUGUGCAGAAAUAUAGGAUUUUAGGUUCAAAAGUAGGUCUUCAGAUAUCUUUUCUUGGAACAAAAUGGGCUUUCUUUUCUUUCCAUCUCGCUUGAAAUCUAUUACCGAUGCUUCUUUAUCCACCAUUCUUGAGGGUUCUGAUUCUUCUUGCCUUAU